AUGGUGAAAAGGCUAGCAAAUAACAUCAGGGAGCUUCUCGACGAGAUUCAACUAUACGGUGUUGAGGUUCUAAUGAAGAAGGUUACUGGAGAGGAGAAUGCCGAGGCUGAUGCACUGAGCAGAAUUCUAGACAACAUGGGAUUGUCCGGUCCUAGGUCUGAGGAUAGACUCGCUCCGCACUUGAGUAUCGUCUUGGACCCCACGGUGUUGGCGCUCGGUCGUCCCGGAGAUGAGGCACGUCAGCGACUUGCUGGUAUUCAAGCAGCGUCACCCAAGUUCAAGGACAUCAUCAACAAGCUCACGGUCGCCUCUUACCCAGAUGGUAUCAUGGUCGAUGGUAAGCUGGAAUAUCUCAAGUUCGAGGAUGGCCUGCUCGUAGCCCUUAAAUCCCCGCAUCGGAGCCAAUGUUUGGGACUCGCUCCCGGGUGCCUCCUCCGACUGCAUGCUCGACUCAUGAUCGGACAUAUUGGAAAAAGGAUUUAA